AUGGGUUUGGGUUAUAAUUUGGAGUGGGCACAAAGAGUUGAAGAGCAAUAUGAGAUAGUGAAACAGGUUUUAUGUGAUGCUGAAUGUGGGAAGGAAUUCAUUUUAUGUGAAUACAACAGAGAUGCAGACUCUUACAGGUCACCUUGGUCAAACACAUACCAUCCCCCACUAGAAGAUGGUUCUCAUCCAUCUCCAGAGUUGAGGAAGCUUGAGAUUGAAGCAAACGACAUCUUUGCUAUAUAUCGUGACCAGUAUUAUGAAGGAGGCAGUUCAUCAGUGUAUAUAUGGGAAACUGAAAAUGAUGGGUUUGUAUCUUGCUUUUUAAUUAAAAAAGACGGCUCAAAGUCUGGACAUGGUAGGAGAGGCUAUCUCCAAGAAGGAGCUUGGGAUGCCAUACAUGUUAUUGAGGUUGGACAAGAAGAAGAAAUAGCGCAUUACUCUUUGACAAGUACUGUGAUGCUGUCAUUGACAACAAAUGAUGAGUCAUCAGGCACCUUCAGUCUGUCCGGUUCCAUUAGAAGACAGGUACCACAUCUGUCAUGCUGGAUUUAUAGUAAAUUUUAAUGUUAUACCAAUGCA